AUGUUAAAUGAUUCAAAAGAUAGUAAAAUAGAGAAUAAGAAUGAAGAAUGUGUUAUUCGUACUGAUGAUUUUCACCGUAAAUGUAACAGGAAUGAAAUACGUGAAGUUUUGGAAAGAGAAUUUAAUCAAAAAAAGUAUAUCAAUGUCAGAGAUAGAGACCGAAUUGCAUGCGAAACCGGCUUGAGUAAUCGUCAGAUUAAAUUCUGGUUUCAGAAUCGAAGGGCCAAAAUUAAGAAA